AUGUUCUCCGAAGGCUUUUACUUCCACGGUUUAAUGGGGAUGCCUUUGGAAAAUGAUGAUGCAAUGAUUGAGCAUGAAACUGAAGAUACGGAGACUGUGGAAUGGAUACACAACCUAUCCAUUGAUGUUGAUCAAGGGCAAGAAUUAGAUGUCAAUGAUGAUUACAAGGGUGCUGUUGCGGAAAACAAGAAGAAAAAGAGGUAA